UCCCUAACACCACUCACCAAUUCGUUAAAAUUGGUUUAUCAUUAGCAUUUCUCUCAGUUCACGUGAUAGAAUCCAAGCAGCAACUUUGUCAUUAUAAACCACGAUGUCAGAAAGUUAUAAGACAAGUGUUGUCAUCGAAGGUAUCGAUUUCACCUUUCAAUGUCUGCAGAAAAUUAUUCACAUAAUGCCACGGAAAGAUUUUGUCUUUAGUUCGAAUAGCUUAUAUGAGGACUUAUGAUGGUUUAUCGUGCAUCCAGCAAUGAGACUAAAGAACAAUUGAAAAGUAUCCUUCAAUUACCGAUACAUCUUGGAACUAAAUUCUGGGCAUUAGACAAAAUAGUGGAGGAAAGAGAUAAGAUACGAGAGAAGAAAAGAAAGAAAAGGAUGGUUAAUCCGAUGUUCCAUGCAAUGGACGUUUGUUGCAGAGAGCAUUGUUGUUGGAUUAAAGAUACCAAAUGUUACAAAAAAAACAACCAUUUAACUCCUGAAAAUUGCAGAUUGUUUGAUCAUUCCAAUAUUCCUAAUGUAAUGAAUGAUAUUAAUGAAGUAUUGAAAAACGAGAUGCAGGGUUACAUCCCUCAACCUGUGGUAUUUAACUCAUUCAAUAACAAGAUGGAAUUUAUUCUUUCGUACGGACUGCGGCUUAAAAGUCACCAAACAGUCGCGUAUCCCUUUAGCAUUACUACCAGGAUAUCUCGCAAAUUCGGCAUGUUUGUGACUAAGAUAGUAUUUACAAACGAGACGUCGCUGUUCGCAUUAUUUCCAGCUGCGGAAAAAUUAUUAAAAGUUGAUAUUUGGAAAAUUGAUAAAGAUAUUUCUGGAUUGGUCGAAAGAUUGGCAACUAAAGAACAAGCCGAAAUGCUCCGUGAAACACUGUUUGAAAAUGAAUUGGAAAAAUUGCCGGAAGAAGAUGCAAUAUACCUUAAUUACUUUGAACUGGAGCACGAAUUGCCAAUCAAUCAGUUGUUGGAAAUGUUGAAUAUCAAACAUGUAUUAAGUCCAAAAAAGGCCAGUCUGUUUGGUUUUACUGAAGAAAAUCUGCAUCUCGGCGGUGCGAAUCAUCGUGCAUAUAUCAGCUUUACACCAAGAAAUGUUACUGCUAAUGCAGUUAAUAUAUUCUAUACCGAAUCUGGAGGGUCCCUUACAUCAAUGCCAGAACAUAACAAUUGUACUAAAUACGAAAAUUCGUUUGUCUGGUUGUUGUGUAACAAAGAAUAUAUUCUUUUUACUGGCGUUGUCAAUAAAAAUUGUUAGGUGACUUCCUCUUCA